AUGGUUGGCGUGCGUCUACCUCGCCCAGCGGGCGUCUAUGUGCCAGCCCGAAGUCUCAGUCCUGAUAUGAUCUCGUCCCCUCUUUCGCCCAGUUUCAAUUUCGACUCGGAGACCCUGACCCCCUCCAUCAUUCCGGCUCUCGAGUACAUCUCCGCCAAGCUAGAACAGAAAAUGAUGCACGUUACGCUCUUGGUGGGCCGGGGCAAGCCCUACCCGACCGGCGAGCCCUCCGACCUCAUCAUCAUCCCCAUCACCCCGCUCGAUGAGAUGACCUGGCCGAUUGUUUACCGAAUGGUGGCCAAAGCAGCCAUCAAGUUCUCCCUGGGUCAAAGCUGGAUUGAUGCGCUGAAUCGGAGUCUGUACGAGAGCGCCGCCAAUGACUACCUGAAGCAGCAAUCCAUCAUGCAGAACGAGGUGAUCUUCAGCCGCGAGGGCCUGACGCUACUCAACGUCGACCGGAUCUACACCUUCAAGCGCCGCCUGUGCAUCCUCUCCAACCGAGGCGUGGCCCCCGAAGAAUCAUACAUCACCUCCUGCACGCAGCUCUUGCAUCGCACCAUCCAAGAUUUCCACGGUCGCCCGUUCAGCAAGGCCUUCUUCCACCGCGUUUACGAGCAGCUGAAUGUGUCGGACGAGCUCCUCACCCACGUGGCCAAUGCCUACAAGAAGCAAUACAACGACGACGGCAUCAUCUUGCCCCCGCAGCCCAAGGCCGAGUCCCCGCGGAAGGUCGAGCAGCUUCGCAAGGGCGAGCAGCCGCGCAAGUCGCCGCGCUCGACCCGUGCCAUCCGUCGCCAGGGUCCUCCGCCCACCCGAUAUGUGAUCCCCACCAAGCGCGGGCCCAAGACACCUUUGUCUGCGUCGGAUGUCACACCUAUCACUCAAAACGAGUGGAACAUGGUCAUCGGUCCGGACUUCCCUCACCACACUAAGGCGACUGUCACUAAAUGGACGCCUUCUCCCACGGUUAUGGCUGCAGCGUGA